AUGACGAAUUUCCAGAUCCAGAUAAUCUCAGACACCGUCUGCCCCCGGGACAAAAAAAAGUGGUGCUAUGUCGGCUACCGCCGAAUCUCACGAGCAAUAACAACGCACCAAGCCAAGUACCCAGCAGACACAUUCAGCCUGCACUGGAAAGCAUUCUACCUCAACCCGGCAGCAGCCGAGUAUCCCGGCGUGAACAAAGCCGAGAUGUACAAACAGAAAUUCGGAGCUGAUCGCUCGGCCGGGAUUUUCGCGCGCUUAUCUGCUGCGGGUGAGGGCGAAGGUAUCCAGUUUAGUUUUGGCGGGAAUACUGGUUCCACUCGGGACUCGCAUCGCUUGCUUUGGUAUGCUGGACAACGGGAGGCUGAAGAGGUGGCUAGGAAGGAGGGGACGGAUAGUGGUGUUAUUGGUGGGUUGCAAACGAGGGUUGCAGAGCGUCUGUUUCGGGCUUAUUUUGAGGAGGAGAAGAAUAUUACCGAUCUGAAGGUUCUUCUGGAGGCGGGUGUUGGGGCGGGAUUGGAUCGGGAGAGUGUGAAGAAGAUAUUGGAUGAGGAUGUUGGUGCUCAGGAGGUUGGUUUGGAGGCUAAAGCGGCCGCCAGGAGCUUGGUUUCUGGUGUGCCGUAUAUCUCUAUACAAGAGAGAUAUCACGUUGAAGGGGCAGAUGCACCCGAGGUCUUUAUGGACAUCUUUGAGAAGGUGAAGGCUGAGCAGAAGGAAUGA